CUGCUGUAAGUCUUCAGAGGAAGUCAGGGAACCGGUGCCAAUUGUUAGAUCUAAAACAGAAGUUUGGAAAGGGGAGGAAAGUUACUCAUUCGCCUGAUACCACACGGUGAGUCCACCGGAGGGACUCAGGCGCAGCGCUGCAUGACAAGCUCACAGCGACGUGCCAGCAGCCACCGACAGGACCCAGGACCGGCAGCCGCUGCAGGGCUGCCUCUGAGCAUGGUCCUGGGUCCCAGCUGAAGUGUUCCAAGGGAUCAAGCAUUUGCCUUCUGUUGCCUGCACCUGCCAGUGUCCCGUGCUAGGAGAGACUGCCAAAGGAGACCUUAGAGCCUGCAGAACCAUGGCUCUUCAUGGAAUAUGAAGUGUACCAACUGCUACAUGGUUUUCCAUCUCUAACCCUGAUAACUGACCAUGGCCUUGGAUUCACAGAAAGCCAACUGAUCCACCUCACAAUGCAUCAACUUUUCAGAUUGGUUUUGGGACAAAAAGAUCUUUCAAAAGCUGGGGACCUCUUCUCUUUAGAUGAUGCUGAGAUUGAAGACAGCCUGACAGAAGCUUUGGAGCAGAUUAAAGUAAUUAGCUCAUCUUUGGAUUACCAAACUAAUAACAAUGACCAGGCGGUGGUUGAAAUCUGUAUCACAAGGAUUACAACAGCCAUCAGAGAGACAGAAUCCAUUGAAAAGCAUGCCAGAGCCCUGGUGGGACUGUGGGAUUCCUGCUUGGAACACAACCUGAGACCUGCAGGGAAAGACGAAGAUACUCCACAUGCAAAAAUCGCAUCUGAUAUCAUGAGUUGCAUCUUACAGAAUUACAACCGGACCCCUGUGAUGGUCUUAGCUGUCCCCAUCGCAGUGAAAUUCCUCCACAGAGGCAGCAAGGAGCUGUGUAGAAACAUGUCCAACUACCUGUCCCUGGCUGCCAUCACCAAGGCUGAUCUGCUGGCUGACCACACUGAAGGGAUAAUAAAGAGCAUACUUCAAGGCAACGCCAUGCUGUUAAGAGUGUUACCUGCUGUGUAUGAAAAGCAGCCCCAACCAAUCAACAGACACCUGGCAGAACUCCUGGCCUUGAUGUCUCAAUUGGAGCAGACAGAACAGUACCAUCUACUACGACUUCUGCACGUAGCCGCAAAGAGAAAAGAUGUGGAGGUAGCUCAGAAAUGUGUUCCUUUCCUGAUCAGAAAUUUGAAGGAUUCAACCUAUAAUGACAUCAUCCUAAACAUUCUCAUAGAAAUAGCGGGCCAUGAGCCACUGGCCUUGAACAGUUUCCUCCCGAUGCUGAAAGAGAUUGCAGAGCAAUUCCCCUACCUCACUGGACAGAUGGCAAGGAUCUUUGGUGCUGUUGGUCAUGUGGAUGAAGAGCGAGCCAGGAGCUGCCUACGAUACCUGGUGAGCCAGUUGGCUAACAUGGAGCAUCCAUUCCACCAUAUUCUCCUGCUGGAAAUUAAGAGUAUCACAGAUGCCUUCUCCUCCAUCCUGGGCCCGCACAGCAGGGACAUCUUCCGAAUGAGCAACAGCUUCACCAACAUUGCCAAGCUGCUUUCCCGACAACUGGAAAACAGCAAGGCUUACAGUGGCAGGAGAAAAACCAGCACUGAAAUUAGCAUUCCUGAGAAACUGAGAGAACUCAAGACCAUGGAGCCUGAAAGUGAAGACCAUGAAAAACUCCAAGUUAAAAUCCAAGCCUUUGAAGACAAAAUAAAUGCUGAGAGCACUACCCCGGGCUCUGGCCGGAGAUACAGCUUAGACCACAUCUCUAAGGAAGAACGAAAAAGCAUUAGAUUUAGCAGGUCCAGAAGUCUGGCUUUGAAUACUGUGCUCACAAACGGUGUGAGUGUGGAAGAUAACGAAAUUGAAGAAAAAGCCGGAAUGCAUCCCAGCAUCUCUCUUUCACAAGUAGACCCACUCAGCCAUGGAAUUGGCAAGUUUCCCUUUAAGACAGACACCCAUGGAUCACCGCUGAGAAAUUCUUCAGCUUCACACCCAAGUAUUAUACACAUUGAACCAGAGAAUAUGCCCGAAACUUUUAAAGAAAACAUCCAAGAAGAAAUUCCAGAGGCAGCUACAAGUCCUGUUGAAUACCAAGAUAAGCUCUACUUGCAUUUAAGGGAAAACCUCAGCAAAGUGAAGGCAUAUGCCUUGGAAAUCACAAAAAAGGUCCCAGUCCCGGACCAGUGCACCAUUGAAGAUACUAUGAGAAGCUGCGUGGCAAAGCUGUUCUUUACCUGUUCUUUAAAGGGUCAUUACUGCCUAUACAGCAAGUCCAGUUUCACCCUUGUCAGCCAAGCACCCCAGCCGUGGAUCCAGAUCAUGUUUCUCUCCCAACAGAGCCUGUUUCCUGAGCCUCUGUCCAUUCAGAGUGGGUCUGUGCAGUUCCUCAAAGCCCUAUGGGAGAAGACGCAGGACAAAGGAACCCACAGCUUUGAGGUCGCCAUGACAGAGUCCACAUUUCCACAGCAGAAGGAUCUGGACCAGCUUCAGCUCCAUCUGGAAGAAGUGCGGUUCUUUGAUGUGUUUGGCUUCAGUGAAACAGCGGGGGCAUGGCAAUGCUUCAUGUGCAACAACCCUGAAAAGGCAACUGUUGUAAAUCAAGAUGGCCAGCCUCUCAUUGAAGGAAAACUUAAGGAGAAACAAGUGAGGUGGAAGUUCAUCAAGAGGUGGAAAACGCGUUAUUUUACACUGGCGGGAAACCAACUUCUAUUUCAAAAGGGGAAAUCUAAGGAUGACCCUGAUGGUUCCCCGAUAGAACUCAGCAAAGUACAGAGUGUGAAAGCUGUGGCUAAGAAACGCAGGGACCGCUCUCUCCCUCGGGCGUUUGAAAUCUUCACAGACAAUAAGACCUACGUUUUCAAAGCCAAGGAUGAGAAGAACGCAGAGGAAUGGCUGCAGUGCAUCAACGUGGCGCUGGCCCAAGCAAAGGAGAGGGAGAGCCGAGAAGUAACCACAUAUCUGUAGGGAUUCGCACACCCGCUCUUAUGGCCAUGCAAGAUAGGCAUUGCCAGUGUCAACAAAGAGGAACCCACCAUGGCGCUAUUGGGUUUCACUAAAUACCAGGGAAACCAUUAUCCCCAAGGAGAACCUAAAAUAUCAGGGUUCUCAGUAAACCCCAAGCCCUCGCAGCUCUGGUAUUAACUCCAAGAUUUCGGCCUGAAAUACGUGAGAUAGAGAAGCCACAGAGUUCAUAGUGGAGCAUGUGGGCCAGGAAGGGUACCGAAUAAAAGAACUUCUGUAGCUAUGUGAUUUAUGACUGUAAGAAAACAGUGAGUGGGACCAGCAAAGAAGGCUCAGCAGGUAAAGGGCACUUGCUGCCAAGCCAGACUGCCUGAGUUCUAGCCCCAUAACUGACUUGGUGGACAGAGAACCAACUCUUGGCGGUUAUCCUCUGUUCUCUGCAUGCCAUGGCACAUCUAUUCCCCCAGUUU